UUAUUACUUUAUAAAAUGCCGAUCUUUGCCAUUUCUAAAUAGAUCUUGAUAUCCCAAUAUGAAAACGCUGCUGAAUUAGCAGCUUUAUUAAUGUUUGCCGCCAAUUUCAGCUACUCAGCUUUCCCACGCCCCGCCCGUUUUGCUUGUCAAUUGCCUCAUUUAAAUUGUACGUACCAAGGCAGCUAUCAGGUGAACCUGGUCUUUUCUGUCUAUUUUGUCAGCAAAAGCCUAUUUUUUUAAGCUUUUCUAUGUAAGGCUCCGUGUUAGUCGACUGGUUUACUUUCAUGGUGAAAGUGGAGCUCAGAAUUGUAGCACGUGAAAUAAAAUGGGGAUGAUUAAGCAGUUCGAUGUGAUAAGUCAAUGCAGCUCACAGGGCCGCGAGGGCCGGACGGUAGCUGCGGAUUUGGACGGCACAAUGCUCAGAUCGAGAAUCUCUUUCCCUUAUUUCAUGGUGAUAGCCAGGAAGGGCGGGAGCUUUUUGCGAGGAAUGCUUCUUUGGGCUAAUGUGCCCUUGAUUUGGUUCGUCUACACGUUUGUUUCCGAGGCAGCGGGGCUCAAAAUCCUCGUCUUCAUUUCCUUGGCCGGGCUCAAGAUCCGGGACAUUGAAUUGAUUUCCAGGACAGUUUUGCCCGAUUUGUACGCAGAGGAUGUGCAUCCUGAGUCCUGGAGGGUGUUCAGCUCAUGUGCAAAGAGGUACAUUGUGACUGCAAGUCCACGAAUCAUGGUGGAGCCCUUUGUGAAGAAUUAUUUGGGGGCGGACAAGGUUCUUGGAACGGAGCUCCAGGUUACCAGGUCCGGGUGGGCGACUGGAUUUGUGAAGAAGCCUGGGGUUAUGGUGGGAAGGUUAAAGAAAGAGGCCGUGGAGGCCGAAUUCGGGCCUUGGGCUGUUCCUGACAUUGGUAUGGGUGAUCGGGAAACGGAUCAUCCUUUCAUGGCCGUCUGCAAGGAGGGUUACAUGGUGCCCAAGAUGAAUGUGGAGGCGGUCCCCAAGAGUAAGCUUCUGAAUCACUCUUCAUAGCUCAUGAAUUCUUCGGACCCCUUUCAAAUCAUGAGCACUUGCAGUACGGUUUAAAUCUGCUCUUUGUUAUUCAUAUUAUAUUGUUGCAGUUAAAUGCUUUUUCAUUGAAUUUAUGUUAAUGGAGUUCAGAUCAAGCAGUUUAAGGGAUCAGAAGCUGCAUCUCUUAGAUCUUUUCAAUAUGAACUUUUUUAUUAUUAAAUUUGGAUAAUAUAAAGAAAAACCCAAAACAAAUCAUAAUAUAUUUUUAAGGUCUUUUCAAUA